AAAACCCUAGAAAAUUCAUCUCCAAAAACACAGCGCGUUGAGCAAAUUUCCGGCGGAGCUCCAGUUUCAUCGGUGAGUUAUGUCGGACUACUUUCCGGCGGAGCUUCAGUCCGCAAUCCUCCAAAAACUGCCGGUCAAAUCCUUAAUCCGAUUCACCACCGUCUGCAAAUCAUGGCGGUCGAUUAUCACAAGCCCUAACUUCAUCCAAUCACAUCUCUCAGAAGGCAAAAACCACACCCAAAUCCUCCUUAAGCGUUUCGAUCAAACCGACGAGCGAGAACACUUUUCGUUGCUAAACCUCGUCGCCGAAAACGGAGCCCUUUCCGUCAAUUCCUCCUCGCAUCUCGAAUUCCCCGUAAAAUCACGUACCGCAUGUUCCCCGAUAGUCGGCUGCUGCGACGGAGUCGUGUGCCUGUUGGAAACUUGCUCCGCACGUUCUUCUCCGAAGGACGUGAUAUUAUGGAACCCAUCUAUUAGAACUCAUCUCGUCUUGCCCACCCCCACUAUCAACCCGAAAGAAUCCCACAUGGUCGUGCUGGGGUUCGGAUCCGACGCGAAUCACGCCCACCAUAAGGUUGUGAGGUUGGUUUAUAAGCCCAAUGAUUUUGGUGCUGAGGUGUUUUCCGUCAAGACACGGAGUUGGCGGAGGCUGAGUGGUGGAGUUGGAGUUGCUCUGCGGGCUCUUAAAACUGGCUACUGUCAGGCUUACUGUCAGGCUUUCUUGAACGGGGUUGUGCAUUGGCUAGCACUCAACCCGGUCGAUCGUCGCGCUUCGUUCCUGGCAUUCGAUGUCGGGGACGAGGUGUUCGGCGAAGUAAUGUUGCCGGAUUGUCUGGCGAGCGAGUGUUUAAAAAUGCUGUGCAUUUUCGUGAUCGGGGAGUCGCUCGGCGUGGUCAAAUAUAAUAAAGGUUACGAAUCGUGGGAUGUGUGGGCGAUGAAGGAGUACCGUGUGAAAGAAUCUUGGACGAAGAUGUAUACCGUCGAAGUAAGUGCAAGAGUCGUUGGAUUUCGGAACAGUGGCGAAGCUUUGCUCGCGUUACGUAGUCUUGGGUUGGUCGUCUAUAAUUUAAAGACUAAGCAGAUGCAAAGUGAGGAUCUUGGAAUCUACGGGUGUACGAUGUUGUUCUAUGUUGAUAAUUACGUCGAAAGCUUGCUCUUGCUUUAGAUGAUGACGUGUCAGUGGAGAUCCGAUCGAGGAGAAACCGAAUCGAAUGGAGAUGCGUUUGGGGGAAGAAUAGCUUGAUGGCAUUGGCAGGCAAGUUGUUCGUGUGUUUAUGUUUUGGUUUAGAUAUCGAUUAAUCUUGAAAUUAUUGGAAUUUCAAUUUUUUUGCAUAUUUGAUUCAUUAGUAAUACUGUUUAUUCAUGGAAAACUUUCGCCUUAUUUUUAUUUAUUCUAGUGAGGUACUAAUUUAUUCUAGUGAGGGACUAGGGGAACUCUGCAUUAAUUUUAAGUUACAUUACGGCUACCUCUGAAGUAAGAUCAAAUUAGGAAAAAAUCCCUCAUGUUUGG